AACACAACAAAUAACCGAAUUUCAAAUUCUACCCGUCUCUAUCUCGCACAGUUUCUUCUGUUCGUUUACUACUAUAAAACUUGAAAAUUACGGGUGUCUGUAUAUCUGUAUCAUCUGACGAACUUGAAGUUUCUCCCACCAAAAACCCACUUCAAUUCAUUUCUCAGAAGUGAAGAAAACCCACUUCACUCAUAAACCCCCAAUUUCAAUCCUCAGAAGUCGAUAUUGCAAUGAUUAAAUUGGAGAACUGAGCAAAACCCAUUUCGAUUCGACCAAAACCCACUUCAAACCACUUGACAUACACUGAAUUGGUGCAUAGUUAAGUAAGUGGGUCUUUGGGUCGCCGGAGGAAUUUUUUUUAAAAAAUGGCGUCGGCGUUUGUGCCCAACGAAAUGGCUCGGGCGGCGAGCAGCCGCCAGGGCUGGUCGGCAACGGGAAGUCGCCGGAGCAGCAGGGCGGGGAGCAUAAGGGAGGUGUGGCAGGGGGUGCCGGACGUGUUCGAGAGGAACAGCACACGGCGGGGGACAGUGGCGGACGACGAGGAGGAGCUGAAGUGGGCGGCGAUAGAGCGGCUGCCGACGUACGACCGGUUGAGGAAAGGGAUGCUGAGGCAGGUGAUGAGCAACGGGAGGGUUAUGGCGAACGAGGUGGAUGUUACUAAUCUUGAGGCUCAGCACAAGAAGCAGCUGAUGGAGAGUAUCUUGAAAGUUGUUGAAGAUGACAAUGAGAGGUUCCUCUUGAGGCUGCGUGAUCGAACCGACAGGGUGGGAAUUCAAAUUCCACAGAUCGAAGUGCGAUUCCAGAAUUUGUCGGUAGAGGGAGAUGCAUAUGUUGGGACUAGAGCUCUUCCAACUCUGCUCAAUUCCUCCCUGAAUGCAAUUGAGGGAGCUCUUGGAAUGAUUGGACUUUCUCCAUCUAAGAAAAGUGUAAUCAACAUUCUCAAGGAUGUGAGUGGAGUUAUAAAACCAUCAAGGAUGACACUGCUUCUUGGGCCUCCUGGCUCUGGAAAAACAACAUUGCUACAAGCCCUUGCGGGGAAGUCUGAUGAUAGUCUUAGGGUAACUGGGAAUGUGACCUACUGUGGGCAUGAGUUCAAGGAAUUUGUUCCCCAGAGAACAUCUGCUUAUAUCAGCCAGCACGAUCUUCACUACGGUGAGAUGACUGUUCGCGAGACACUGGAUUUCUCUGGGCGUUGCUUGGGAGUCGGAACCAGGUAUGAAAUGCUCACUGAGCUGUCGAGGAGAGAGAAAGAAGCGGGUAUUAAGCCUGACCCCGAGAUCGAUGCGUUUAUGAAAGCCACGGCUGUGGCUGGCCAGGAAACCAGUUUGAUCACUGAUUAUGUGCUCAAGAUCCUUGGAUUGGAUAUUUGUGCUGAUAUCAUGGUGGGUGAUGAUAUGAGAAGGGGCAUUUCUGGUGGACAAAAGAAGCGUGUGACUACCGGGGAAAUGUUGGUCGGACCAGCAAAAGCAUUUUUCAUGGAUGAAAUAUCCACAGGGCUAGACAGUUCCACCACCUUUCAAAUAACCAAGUUCAUGAGGCAAAUGGUUCACAUAAUGGACGUAACCAUGGUCAUCUCCCUCCUUCAGCCUGCACCCGAAACAUUCGAUCUUUUCGACGACAUAAUCCUCCUUUCGGAAGGCCAAAUCGUCUACCAAGGCCCACGAGAAAACAUUCUCGAGUUCUUUGAGUACACUGGAUUUAUAUGCCCACAGAGAAAAGGAAUUGCAGAUUUUCUACAAGAGGUUACUUCCAAAAAAGACCAAGCACAGUAUUGGUUCAAAAAGAACCAACCUUAUAGAUUUGUCUCAGUACCUGAAUUCGCAAGGGCCUUCAAUUCUUUCAAAAUCGGGCAACAGAUCUCUGAAGAACUUAGAGUUCCUUACGACAAGUCCAGAGCCCAUCCGGCGGCUUUGGUGACUGAAAAAUACGGAAUUUCCAACUGGGAACUUUUCAGGGCAUCUUUUGCAAGGGAAUGGCUACUGAUGAAGCGGAACUCUUUCAUUUAUAUUUUCAAGACAACACAGAUAACGAUAAUGGCAACAAUUGCACUGACUGUCUUUUUGAGGACGGAAAUGAAAGCGGGUGCACUUGGGGAUUCUGCGAAAUUCUGGGGAGCCUUGUUUUUCAGUCUAAUCAACGUGAUGUUUAACGGAAUGGCGGAGCUUGCGAUGACGGUUUUUAGGCUUCCAGUGUUCUACAAACAGAGGGAUAGCUUGUUUUACCCUGCUUGGGCUUUUGGCUUGCCCAUUUGGCUCCUUCGGAUUCCUAUAUCGUUCAUGGAGUCUGGGAUAUGGGUCAUUCUUACUUAUUAUACAAUUGGGUUCGCACCAGCUGCUAGUAGGUUCUUCAAACAGUACCUGGCUUUCUGUGGUGUGCAUCAGAUGGCUCUCUCUCUCUUCCGAUUCCUUGCUGCUGCCGGAAGAACUGAGGUUGUUGCGAACAUGUAUGGGUCCCUCACCUUGCUAUUGGUUUUCGUGCUUGGAGGCUUCAUCGUUGCCAAAGACGACAUUAAACCAUGGAUGAUAUGGGGCUACUAUGUCUCUCCUAUGAUGUAUGGACAGAAUGCCAUAGCUAUCAACGAAUUUCUAUCCGAAAGAUGGAGUGGGCCCGUCAAUGGCUCUUCCUUGACAGUUGGAAAGACCCUUCUUAAGGAAAGAGGCCUCUAUACGACCGAAACAUGGUACUGGAUAUGCAUUGGAGCACUUAUUGGGUUUUCGCUGAUUUUCAAUGCUCUUUUCAUAGUUGCGCUGACGUAUAUGAAGGUUCCUGGUGAUUCUAAAGCUGUAAUUGUGGAAGAGGAAGAUCAAGAUAAUAUUGAGCGGCAAAUUUCAUCUAAUGGUGAAGGUAUAGCCAUGGAUGUGAUAAAUCCUCAGGGAAACACCAGCUCCAUAGUUGGUGCUGGAAAUACACAAGCUACAACAGGAAUGGUUCUUCCUUUUGAGCCCCUUUCACUGGCUUUCAACCAUGUAAAUUACUAUGUGGAUAUGCCCGCGGAAAUGAAGGAUCAAGGAAUUGACGAAACCCGCCUGCAGUUGUUAAGAGAUGUUAGUGGUGCCUUUAGGCCAGGUAUCCUUACAGCACUAGUGGGAGUCAGUGGUGCUGGAAAGACUACACUGAUGGAUGUCUUGGCUGGAAGAAAGACAGGGGGGUAUAUUGAAGGAAGCAUUAGCAUUUCAGGUUUCCCAAAGAACCAAACAACAUUUGCCCGAGUCAGCGGUUACUGCGAGCAGAAUGACAUCCAUUCCCCGUUUGUCACUGUUUACGAAUCUCUUUUGUAUUCUGCCUGGCUGCGUCUUGCUAAGGAUGUCAAUACUGAAACACGAAAGAUGUUUGUCGAGCAAGUCAUGGACUUGGUUGAGCUCAAUCCUCUAAGAAAUGCUCUAGUUGGGCUGCCAGGGGUGGACGGUCUUUCAACUGAACAAAGAAAGAGGCUAACAAUUGCUGUUGAGUUGGUUGCAAAUCCCUCCAUCAUUUUUAUGGACGAGCCCACAUCAGGCCUUGAUGCUAGAGCUGCUGCAAUCGUCAUGCGUACCGUAAGAAACACGGUGGAUACCGGGCGAACUGUUGUUUGCACAAUUCACCAACCUAGCAUCGACAUUUUUGAAGCUUUUGAUGAGCUGCUGUUGAUGAAGAGAGGAGGACUAGUGAUAUAUGCUGGACCUCUCGGUCGCCAGUCUCACAAGCUGGUUAAAUAUUUCGAGGCGGUUCCCGGGGUUCCAAAGAUUAAAGACGGUUACAAUCCAGCUACUUGGAUGCUAGAUGUCAGCUCGGCUGCAGCAGAGGCUCAACUUGGUGUUGACUUCGCGGAUAUCUAUGCCAAUUCCAGCCUCUAUCGGAGAAAUCAAGAGCUUAUAGAGGAGCUAAGCACGCCGGCACUGGGUUCAAAGGACCUCUACUUCCCUACUCAAUUCUCACAAUCGUUCCUAACUCAAUGCAAGGCUUGUUUCUGGAAGCAAAACUGGUCUUACUGGAGGAACUCGCAGUACAACGCUAUCAGAUUCUUCAUGACGAUGGUCAUCGGUCUUAUGUUCGGUAUCAUCUUCUGGAAAAAAGGAAACCAAAUACACCAGCAACAAGACUUGCUUAACCUGCUGGGAGCUACUUAUUCUGCUAUCCUUUUCCUUGGAGCCUCCAAUGCUGCCGCGGUCCAAUCUGUUGUCUCGAUUGAAAGAACAGUGUUCUACCGUGAAAGAGCAGCAGGAAUGUAUUCAGAGUUACCUUAUGCAUUUGCUCAGGUGGCUAUCGAAACAAUUUAUGUUGCGAUUCAGACCUUUGUUUACUCUCUUCUUCUUUACUCGAUGAUUGGGUACCAGUGGACACCAGUGAAGUUCUUAUAUUUCUACUACUUCAUAUUCAUGUGCUUCACCUACUUCUCAAUGUACGGGAUGAUGGUUGUCGCGUUGACUCCUGGCCCUCAGAUUGCUGCUAUUAUCAUGUCCUUCUUCCUCAGCUUCUGGAACUUGUUCUCUGGUUUCCUCAUCCCCAGGCCGCUCAUCCCCAUAUGGUGGAGGUGGUACUACUGGUGCUCUCCAAUCGCAUGGACAAUCUACGGCAUUUUCACAUCUCAAGUGGGCGACAAGACCUCGCCGGUUAUAAUCCCUGGUCAAACAUCGCUUCCUGUGAAUGAGUUCCUGCAAAAGAACUUGGGUUUCGAGCACAGCUUCCUUGUCCCUGUAGCUUUUGCCCAUGUUGGUUGGGUCCUCCUCUUCUUCUUCGUCUUCGCUUAUGGAAUCAGGUUCCUUAACUUCCAAAGGAGGUGACCAGAGAAGAGCUUCAUUCCACUUCUAAGAACUUUUGACACUGAAAAUUCUAAUGUCUGUAAAAAUUAAUGUGUAUAAUAUUAGUGAUCAGAGGGGAGAAAAGAAACUGCAGCCGGGAUCGAUUUUUUAUUUUUGGGUCACCUUUUCUACUACUUGUUCAGCAUUGAUUCUUUGUAGGCCUUUUUCUUCUACCGGUUCGGGAUUGAUUCUUUUUGGGCCUGUUGUAUGGUUAUUCUUGUAAAGCCUUGUUUGGAGCAACACAAAUCCAUGUUGUAAGUUGUACCUUUGUUCAAUAAUGGAUUUUGAAUUCUCUC